GGGUGUGAGAGAGGGAAACAGAUAAAUUGUGAGCAUCCACGUUGAUUCAGCCUCAUUCAACAGGUCUAACAAUGGAGUUCAAAGGAGUUUGUGUGCUGCUGGGAGUGCUGCUACUCACAACCGGCUCGUUUCAGCAGACUCCAGCAAAGAAGAAGCCAGUGAAAAAAGAUGCUGCCAUUGAUGAUUUACAGAAACAGAUCGACAACAUCGUCCAGGAGCUCAACCUACUGAAGGAACAGCAGGCCCUGCAGAGAGUCUGUUUAAAAGGCAAAAAGAUCAAUGGCAAGUGUUUCUUGGGUGACCCCGUGAGGAAACGUUAUCACGCCGCCAGCGAAGACUGCAACGCCCUGGGUGGAGUGCUCGGCACACCCACAUCCGUGGAUGAGAACGAUGAGCUCAGACACUACGUCCGCCAAAGCAUCGGCCCAAGUGAGCAGGUCUGGCUGGGCAUCAACGACAUGGUAACUGAGGGCACUUGGAUCGACCAGACCGGCAACAGCAUCUCGUACAAAAACUGGGACACGUCCAACGUCAGGUCCCCCCAGCCGGAUGGCAGCAUGUCCCAGAACUGCGCCGUCCUGUCGGUGGCCUCGCAGGGGAAGUGGUUUGAUGAGAACUGCCGUGAGGAGAAGCCCUCCGUGUGCCAGUUCAACAUUGUUUGACCACGUUUAGCUCACAAGUGACUGUUUGCUUGGUGCUAACAGCUUUGUGUGUGUCUGUGUGCGUUUACUCUCACUGCAAUGCUGCUUUUCUUUGCUAUCCUAAAAGGGGUUCGAGCCAGUGGUUCCAAAUUGGUUUUGCAUCAGAACCAAAGUCUGAUUUAGAAGUCACAAUCAGUUGCAUAAGAAGUGACAAAAGUGAUCCGCUGGUAUGUCAUUUAUGGCAUUCCUUGUGGUUGGAAGGAAAACAGGAAAACCAGAGUCCAGUUUGGAAUAAAUGAGGUUGUGUGGCUAUUCAAAGAUUUUAACUUCUGCAGCGUAAUCAUUUUAAAGAAAAUAUAAAUUGGAUUACCCAUGAUCAUGUAAUAAAAAGAGUUUGGGUGCUGGCACCAUCCACAAAUGAAAAACUGAUUUGCACACAGCUAUCACAGCAGCUCUGUGACUCACUGGCUGAGAACCACUGUUUAAACUUCUUUUAAUAAAAAGACUUACACAAAGCCAGAACUAUGGCUGAUAUUACAUUUUACCUUUUUUUAUUUUUAUAACUCAAUCUUAACUCAUUCCAGUUUGCUAGUCUUGUAGCCUGCUAUGACGUCUAGCCUACAACCUGUAAAGUUGCCAUCAAUAAACUACAAUACAUA